AUGGCUCAGCAGUGCUUCCACAGUGAAUAUUUUGACAGUCUGCUGCAUGCCUGCAAACCUUGCCACCUUCGAUGUUCCAACCCUCCUGUACCCUGUCAGCCUUACUGUAAUCCAAGCAUGACCAGCUCGAUGAAAGGGAUACAUAUUGUUCUCUGGACCUUCUUGGGCUUGACCUUGACUGUUUCUCUGGCUCUUUUUACACUCACAUUCUUGCUGAGGAAGAUGAACUCUGAAGCAAUGAAGGACAAACUUCAAAACCCAGGUCAGUCUGAUGGAUCCGUUCUGCCAGACAAGGCCAAUUCUGACCUGAUGAAGAGCAGGGCUGAUGACGUAAGGAUUCUUCCCCGAAGCCUGGAGUAUACGGUGGAGGAAUGCACCUGUGAGGACUGUGCCAACAGCAACCUGAAGGUUGAUUCUGAUCACUUCCCACUUCCAGCCAUGGAGGAGGGUGCAACCAUUCUUGUCACCACGAAAACAAGUGACUAUGGCAAGAAUAUGCCAACUGCUUCGGAAAGUGUCACAGGGAUGGAGAAACCAAUUCAUUCUAGAGAAUGAACCUCUGUCUGGUAUAGAGCCACUUUGAAAGCCUGUCAG